UGAAUUUGGAAUAGUGGUGGAGAAGUCAGUCGGUCCGCGGACCUCGUGCGGCGCGGACGUCUCGUACAUAGUUUUCCACCUUCUCCUAAGACACCAUGGGCGUGGCAUCUGAUGGCUUCGGCAGCGGCUGGCGCGCCAAGAUUGCCGCCUGCCGCGAGUCUAGGAAGCUGGUGCUGAUCAUCGUCGCCAUCGCAUUACUCCUGGACAACAUGCUGCUCACCACUGUUGUGCCGAUAAUCCCGGAGUUCCUGUACGACAUCCGGCACCCAGACGCGCCCCUAUCGGUCUCGUUGGAGGACAUCACGACCACCCCGCCCCCUCCAACCCCCUACUGCCCUUGUCUCGAACGGAACACCACGCUGGUCAUCGAAAAUGUUACGCAUAUCAACAUCACAGCUGAGAAGGAGGCACGGCACCAGGAGCUGAUCCACGAGACGGUGGCGGUGGGCGUCAUGUUCGCCAGCAAAGCCAUAGUGCAGCUAAUGGCGAACCCCUUCGUCGGACCGCUAACUCACAAAAUCGGCUACAGCGUCCCUAUGUUCACUGGAUUCAUAUUGAUGUUCCUGUCUACGCUCAUUUUUGCAUUUGGAAGGUCGUAUAGUGUGUUGUUCGUCGCGCGGGCUCUGCAGGGAAUCGGUUCCUCCUGUUCUUCCGUGUCUGGUAUGGGCAUGUUGGCAGAGAGAUAUCCUGAUGAUAAGGAACGAGGCAACGCUAUGGGAAUCGCUUUAGGAGGUCUCGCCCUCGGAGUACUCAUUGGCCCUCCAUUUGGAGGACUUAUGUACGAAUUUGUUGGCAAAACUGCCCCGUUCCUGAUGCUGUCUGCACUAGCCCUUGGAGAUGGAUUACUUCAGCUGAUGAUCCUGCAGCCAGGCGUGGUGCGACAAGAGACGGAACCGCCUUCACUGCGUGACCUGGUCACUGAUCCCUACAUCCUCAUUGCUGCUGGAGCCAUCACAUUUGCCAACGUUGGCAUCGCGAUGUUGGAGCCAAGCUUACCGAUCUGGAUGGCAGACACCAUGGAAGCUCGGAGGUGGCAGCAGGGCGUCGCAUUCUUACCCGCUAGUAUUUGCUACUUAAUCGGAACCAAUUUGUUUGGACCCCUCGGCCACAAAAUGGGACGUUGGUUAGCAGCCUGCUCUGGACUGGUCAUAAUUGGCUUGUGUUUGAUCUUGAUCCCAAUGGCUCGCAAGCUAGAGCACCUGAUCAUCCCUAACGCUGGCCUAGGCUUUGCUAUCGGGAUGGUAGACUCCUCCAUGAUGCCUGAACUUGGUUUCCUGGUUGACAUCCGCCACGCUGCUGUAUACGGAUCCGUCUACGCUAUUGGAGACACUGCUUUUUGCCUGGGGUAUGCUAUUGGUCCCGCGUUCUCUGGCGCCCUGGUCAACAGCAUUGGCUUCGAAUGGAUGUUGGUCAUCAUCGCUAUCCUGAACUUCGCAUAUGCGCCAUUCUUAGUGCUGCUGCGGUCCCCACCGGCCAGAGAUGAGAAACAGAGCCUGAUAGAAAGCGACAAAGCCUCAGUGCGCUACGUGAGAUACCAAAACGACGAAGAAGAAUAAAUUUCCCGCCAUUUUGAAUCGUCCGCCAUGUUUUUCGUGGCGCCAUAUUGGCAGAUUUUGGAGCGAUAGCCGAUGUGAGGUUAAAUAUUUAAGGUUAUUCCAAAAAAAAAAAAUAGGCAAACUAAAUAAGCAUUAUAUAAAGGGGUUUGCUUAAGACGUCUUAGGAGCAACGCUGUUUUUUGGCAAAUUAAGAAAAUCACAAAAAAAAUGUUCUAGUCAAGACCAAUUCUAUAUAUUAUUAUUGUGAUAUAAUAUCAGAAUAACUUAUCAUUUAACCUAGAUGACAUAUUUUAUAGUAGAAACCCAAUAUUUAUAGCCUUUUUAAAAUAUAUUUUAGAUAUAUUAGUGUUUAUCGAAUUAUACAUUGGAAUUAUUUAAAUAACCCCUAGUCUACAUACAGUUUCAAAAUUGUUAAACCAGAAAUAUAUAAGGCAAUCUAGUAAACAUACCAGUAUACUAUUCAAUAUUCUAGUAUAGUAUACUAUUCGAUAUUCUAUGUACUUAUGAUUGCCCGGGUACUAGUAUAUUAAAAAUCACAAAUAUGACAGGGUGCCCUAUUUCAUCUACUAAGGCAUAUCCAUCUUUUUGCAAUUACUGGCGUUCUUAUUGAAGGACUGCUUUGGUGGUCAUAUAGGUACAAGUGUCAAAAAAUCGCCUAUACCUAUACCGCUUAUAAAGCUAUCCUUCGAUUAUAAUGCUCGUAAUUUUAAACGGAUUCGCCCCCGUUGACGGAAUAGGGCCCUCUGACAUAUACUAAAGAGGAGACUAAAUUCAGCAGAGAUGUACUAUACAUAUAAAAGCAAAUUUGGAUGAACUUUCUUUAUGUUAAGACGAGAAUAAAAACAAUGUCUUCUUUAGCAUCAUUUUUAAGGACUCAAAAUGCAAUGAUACUAUGUGACCUUUGCUAUAUAAACCUAAUGAUUUAAUUUAAUAAUUUUCUUUACAUAUAUCAAUGACCAAACGAAAUAUUUAAUCAUUCUUAUAUUCUUCUAAAAAUGUUCAAACAAAAUCUACCG